UAUUAUUGCAACAGUUUAUGUAGAUCUGUCAUUCAAAAGUCAAAUGGAAGUAUACACCGCAAACAAAUAAAAAAAUGGAGAUGUGUAAACGAUCAUGUAGAACCUCGAUAAUAGAGGCAUUAUCGAAGUUUUGUAUGUUAAUUAAAAAAAUAGUAGUAAAUGAAAAAUUCUACGCAGCGUUUAAUGCAUUUUCAGCACAUAUGUUUAUCCAGAUAGCAUCUGUUACAUCUAAACAUAUUUCAGUAGCUUUUAAAAUACCAGCUGAAAAUACGGGAAUAUAUUUUGCCAAGUUACUAAGCGCCAGAGGACUCAUCAGUCUAGCAGCAUCCAUACUGAGCUACAUCAUUAAUAUGACCUCAAAGGGACAAAAUGUACUUCUAUCCACGAUAUUUUGUGUUUCGAUAUUCUUAUUCAGGUUUAUUUUUAUGGUUUUUCUCCAUACGUCAGAGAAUCUGCCGUUAACCAUAUACCUGUGUUACAUACUAGAAGGUAUAGCUGUUGGACUGUUCCAAAUGCCAUUUUACUCUCUAACAGCCGAAUAUGUAUCGAUUUUAAGCGUCUCAUUCAAGCUUUCAAGGAUAACUCUCUUCAUUCUUCAGAUAUUCCUGGAUCUGGCCAAUUUUGAAAACCCUCUAGUAAUGGUGAAGAUACAAUAUUGGUUUGCAUUCGUUAUAACAUGCAUUUCAACGGGUUUGUGGUUUGCAUUUUGUUUUAAUAAACCGGAUCGAAAGAAGAAAAGGGAGCAAAAAACAGUGGAAGAAUUCGCAGAACUAGGAGAUGAAUCAUUUGUUCUUAAAGUAGGAGAGGAUGGAGAUGAGGAAACACCUAAUUUCAGAGACGAUGAAACACCAAAUACCAGAAAUGAAGAGUUAGAAAUAUUAGAACCAACUUUUUUCGGACUAUUUCUUGAACAAAUAUCACCAUACUUUAUGUGUUUGGUAGGUAUAAUGAUGAAGACCACAAUACACCCUGGAAUACUCCCAUACUCUCUCUUAGAUAGGGAGAAAUGCCAUUUAAUUAACAUGGUCCUCACCCCUAUGGCAUUAAUAGCAACCACAACUAUUCACAUACUGAAAGAGAAUGUAAAAUCGAUGGAUAGAAGGUGGGACUGGAAAUGGAACUUGAUGUGGUUGAAUGGAAUUCCUCCAUUCACCAUCGUAAUUAUAAUUUUCGUGGCACUUCACUCCAAAGGGUGUAUUUCUUCAGGUAUCAUUAACGCAAAAUGGUCUGUUUUUGCAAUUGGAAUAAUAUUUUUUCUAUUCAACUGUACACUUGAAUCAGCUGGAUACGUGGGAAUAGUAUCCAAUGUGAAGCAAAACGGGAAAAUCACCUCAAAGGGAAGGAAAAUAGUCUCAACGGGUCAAAUAUCAAGUUUAAUAGCAGGAUUCAUAUUUUACAAAUUCUCAAUAGGAUACAGUGUUACCAGAAAGAUAAUGCAGUCCGAUAUUCCUUUAGCCAUUUCUACUGAAAAAAUGAGUCGUUUUGGAGCAUUUUGUUUCUGGCUUGGCAGAACCAUUACGGAAGGAUGUAAAGAUUUCGUUAAUGACUUCAGACUAAAUAUAAAAAAUUAUAUUUAACCAAAUGUAUAAUUAAUAAUUAGUGUUUGAAAGAUGUAAUGGAAUCAUCUAAUCAGAAAGAGAUGAAUACUGUAUAAAAUUGAAUAGAAUCUGAAACUAACAGAUGAAUUAACUAAAAAAUCUUUAUGUAGUAAUAAAAACUGUAGAAUAAAUGUUGAAUUAUUGUAAUUAACGGGAAUAGCUCGAGAUGGUUACAAAGCAAAACAAAACAAAAAUUAAAGGGUCAAAAUAAUCGAAAAUUUUAAUUUGUAAAAUAUUUUUGAAUCUUCCCCUAUUUUCUUAUUUAAAAAAUGUAGAGUGAAAAGUUUUUGUGAAAAGCACACAACUAUGCGUGUAAGAUACACACUUGAAUGUGGAAGAGGAGA